UCAUGAAUUUAUUCUGCCGCCGAUUAAUCUGGGUGCCUGAAGUAUAAAUGAAUCACUAACUUCAAUGGAUAUUUUACCUAGAGAGGUACUCCGUAUGGGGUAUCCCCAAAUCGGUUCUAGAGAAUUCUUGGCCUUGGUGGCCUCAGCCUUGGCCGCAACUACAGCCUGAGCCUGAUCUACAAGAUCUGCAUCGCAUCUUGAAUACAUAUACGGAGGUAUCUCUCCAACUGUCUCAAUCACCAUGCACAUCACCACCUCAUGAACCCUCUUGCACCAUGUCUCUCGCUCUGUUGCCUAUCCUGCUGCUUGCAACACCCUCAACCAUCACUCCCCUGCACACCUACACCGCGCUAUCUGGCCGCCCAACAUGGCUAGACAGCCUGAUGUUCUGCCUGGGCAUGCAGGCACCCCUAACACCCUCGUCGCUCAAUGAAGGCGAGUAUCCCGCCGUUGCAGCCAUGACAACCGGCUACGUCUUCCGCGUCGAGAACCAGGCCACCGUCAUGUACCUACAGCGCAUCGGCCGGACAGGCCAUCUGACCACACUGGACGUCUCGCCUGUGGCUGCCGGAGCCAACCGACCUUGGGGUUUGCCAGGCUGGUACAUAAUCAUGUAUCUUCCCCUUCUGGUUCCUGCCCAUGCGUUGCUUAUCAGCGCCCCACUCGCUUCCGACCGCUUCUUCAUGCGGAGUACACUCCUCUUGCUACUCUCGAGGUUGCUCUCAGUUGCAAGUUUUCGAGCAAGGACGUCGCCAUCCUGGCAUGGCGAAGCAGAACCAGGAGUCAAAGGCGACCUGCUGGUUCUCCUGUCCGAAGAUCGGUGGGUACGGAUGAAAGGUGCCGUCGACGACCUCAAAGCUGUGACUUCGGGAAGCUGGCUUUCUCGGCCGCGAUAUCCGAUGCUCUGCGAUCUUGCGGACUGGACGGCCCGCUCACUCGUUUACAUUGCGGCGGUGGCCCUGGCCGGCACGGAUCGGGGCAAGAUUGUGCUUGUCUUGUGCACUUUCAUUGCUCACGGAGUGCUUGCGGUGCAUAAUGCGUUAACGAAAGAGCUCGUCAUGAACGAACGCGUUGUCAAGGUGUCGGGUGCCCCAGGCAGUGUCAAGGAAUAUCCUCGACGACUAGUCAUGGCUAGAGAACUGGUCAAGGAGAUGGGACGCUCCGAUUUCGCCGUGAGACUGGGUAUGAUGAAUCCGGAUGACCCUCACUUGAAGACACACGACGGGGACAACGCGAACGCGAAGACACCGGCAGAGGAAGUGGUGACGAUGUGAUACUGAUUUGUUCACCAUGUCGGGGCCCUACUCUCCAGCUCACUUGAGGACACGAACUCAUGGCGCAGGACUUGGUGAAACGAAAAAUCUUUGUCAUUCUUUUUUUGACGUCCACCCUUCACAAGACUUCAAUUCUCUAUGUCGAACCUCGUUCGAACUCCCAUUGUGCUCAGCUCUAUGUCCAAUAGCCGCAAAACUUGUGGUACAAAGACGACGGUGGUGUUGUCGCCGCCAAAAUAUUUCCGCCCAGCACCGUCCUCCCAGACGUUCAAUUUGCUGUCCUCGAACGCUGCGGGUCUGGCGCAAGCACGACACCUCACAAUCCCACUGGGCUGGACACGACCGCCUCUCUUGCCAAGGGUGAACUGGUUCGGCACCAUCAUGGUACUGAUGAAGCUGCCACAAGAGCGGCACACCCACGCCCUAGUCUUGUCGGAACAGUCCAUC